CCCUGAGCCCCACUAUAUACCUCCCAUUUGCGCAUCACCACCGCCAACCCCCCACCAACUCUCCACUGCCUUGCAACGACAUUGCGAUGUCUGAAUCAGUAGCUAUUGCCCCAUCCGCUGGCAAAGGCAACGGCCUAUUCGCCAAAACUGCCUUUGCGGCAGGCACCGAAGUCUUGACCAUCCCCGCUCCACUUGUCGUGAUCGCGGAUGACGCCCACCUCUCCGAGACGUGUGCCCACUGCUUUACAUGGAAACCCGAAGGCUCCAUCCACAGCUACUACAGCUCUGAGACACCGCUUCAGCAGUGCACCGGCUGCAAGACUGUCAGAUACUGUUCUAAGGCGUGCCAGCGCGAUGAUUGGAGACUUGUGCACAAGAAAGAGUGCGAAAUCUUCAAGAGAUUACCUCAUGUGCUUCCAGGCUCGGUGCGCGCGCUCAACCGUUUAUUGCUCCUGCAACCUUCGCUUCCUGCCACCACUUGGGCCGCAUUGAUGGACAUGCAACACCAUGCCGCGGACUUCCAGAAGCUUGAGCAUUGGGAGAUCAUUGUGAACGGGGCCAAGGCUGCGCAUGCUUUCUCGCAGACUGGGUUACCCGAGCCCAUGGUGCUGCGGUUGUACUGCACUAUGCUCGUCAACAUGUUGACAUUCUCAACGCCCACACUGGACCCCAUCGGCAUGUGCUUUGACCCCACAGCGGCGAUGGCAAAUCACUCCUGUCAACCCAACGCCUUCAUCGUAUUCUCCGGACGUUCCCUCCACCUUCGUAGUCUCACCGACAUCCCCAAGGAUACGGAGAUAACGAUUGCCUACACCUCCACUACCGAUCCCUCAAGUACUCGACAACAGGAGCUACAAACACGCUGGUACUUCACGUGCACAUGUCCGGUGUGCUCCAUUGGCCCCUACGCACUAACCGACGUCUACAUCUGCCCCGCCUGCAAACGCACCAGCAUCCCGGACGACUCUACAAUGCAAUGCCCCGCCUGCAACCACCAAGCGAAAGCAUUCUCCAUGCCGAAAGACCUAGAUCUAAGCUUCCUCUGGAGAACCGGCUACCUCGAACCAACGCGAACCCCACUGCCAACGAUGCACGAAGAGACUAUGCAGCGGCUCCUGACGGAGGGGGAUUAUAAGGAGGCACUGAGACAUCAAAUGCUGCUGUGUUCACUCGUGUACCCGAUUUCCUACAGGCAGCCCCAUCACCCUGUGCGCGUUACUGCGGACUUUGUACUCAUCGCUCUGAUGCUGGAGGUGCUCCACGAUCCCGGCAAUGAUUUGAUACGGUACAGUAUCGACUGGGCAAAGGUGGUGUGGGCGGGCCUGCAGAUGGUGUGUGUUGCGGUCGUGGGUAGUCAUGGUGAAGAUUCGGGAUUUGCCAGAGCGGUGCGGGAGAAGCGGGAUGAGGUGAGGAAAGACUUGACGAAGGCUGGCUUCGAUUGGCUGGACAAGCCGGAAAAAUAUCAGGGCGAAGUGAAGAAGUUGAAACUUUUGGUUAAUGAUUUUGUGAAGGAGUUGAAGGAGAAGCCGGAGAGCAAAGUCUCGGCGACACUGGAAAGGAUGCAGGGAGAUAAUUUCUAUUCACCGAAGGCACGUGAGGUGCUAGGCGGAAGGGGAUACUAAAAGUAUGUAGUGGGCGGAGAAAGAAAUCUUCAGCGAUCUGUAAGUAACGGAUAUAAAAGUCGGUUCUCUUUGUCAUUUUAGAUUACGAAGCACGAACCAAGAACCGAAAGUCGCGGCGGGACGGGGAUCAUCAAUUUAUCUCGCACAAAGCCUAUAGACUGGAUCUAUAGUCGAUUUAUCCUCAGACACUCAUAGGUUUUGUACGAGUGACUAUGGAUGAUGAUGUCUGCGCACAUCUCACU